CGCGGUUGUUGUUCCCGCCAAAGUGUGUUGCAUCUUCCGCGGGCGCAAUGGAGCAAGAGAAUCACAAAAUCAAAGCAGUGAGUUUGCUUCGAAGCAGAAUCUGUGAUCCCAAAUUCAUCUUCAUCAGUGAAUCUCCAGAAAGCAACUACAGCAAGCUGAAAUUCAUGAUAUCGAGUUCGGUAACGGAAGCAUGCAACAAUUCUAUUCUUCUUCUCGGUCCCCGCGGCUCCGGCAAGAAUGCGGUUUUGGAGCUUACAAUUCAAGAUUUGCUGCAAGAGUAUCCGGACUCGGUCUCAGUGAUAAGGUUGAAUGGGCUUUUACAUAGUGAUGACAUCUCUGCGUUCAAGGAAAUAGCUAGGCAGUUAUGCAUGGAGCAUCAAUUGCUAUUCUCAAAAGCGGCAUCAUUUGAUGACAACUCCCAAUUUAUGGUGGCCAUCCUAAAGGAAUGUGGAUUAGCACAUAAAACAGUAAUUUUUGUUCUGGAUGAGUUUCACCUGUUUGCUCAGGGUAAACAGAGAUUACUCUAUAGCUUGCUAGAUGCAAUGCAAUCAAUAACAUCACAGGCUGUUGUACUUGGCAUUAGUUGCCGUCUGGAUGCAGAUCAGCUGUUGGAGAAAAGGGUACGAUCUCGUUUUUCACAUAGAAAGCUGUUGUUCCUACCACCUUCAAUAGAAGAUUCACAAAAAUUACUGAUGCACAUCCUGACAUUACCAAUUGAUUCAAGCUUUCCACAUGCUUAUGCUGUUGAAUUUAACAGAAAGGUCCAAAAUAUUAUAGAAGAUAGAAGGUUCAAAGAAACCCUCAAUAAAUAUUUAAAUGUUGACUCCUCUGUCAAACAUUUGCUGAGGUUCCUAUUCUGUGCAGUCUCUCAUAUGGAUUUGCAGACUGGGUUCCUGUCUCGGGAGAACUUUGAAAUUGCAUUUACAAGUAUCCAGAGGCAGCCCAAACUGGAAUGUUUAAGAAAUUGCUCCAUUUUAGAACUCCAAAUUUUGGUUUGCAUGAAGAGAUUGGAAGUUAAAGAGCAAAGUUUAUGCAACUUCAAUUCUGUGAUGAAAGAGUAUAUAAGCACCCUGACUUCUGAACGUUAUGCAAGACAUGUCUGCUUAAGGGCAUUUGAACACCUUAUACAUCGUGAAUUGAUAUGUUUCACAGACAAUAGAGGACAAAGUUUGUCUGUUGAAUUCCGUCCUGUAAAGCUUUUAAUUUCAUCUGCUGAACUACAUCAAGGACUAAGAGCAAAUACUUCAUGCCCUCCUAAGCUUCUAAAAUUAAUGGAUCGUGAAGGCUAAAACCACUUGAGGGACACGACUGUUUGUGUUUCACGUUAUACUGUAUGUGGUCCGAUUCCAAAUUCUGAUAAAUUCAGCCUGUUUAUGAAUAAAUAAAAUGUUGUGUAGUCAACACUUUUUCGUGAUUAUAAUUGGUGUACAUGGAAAUGACUUCAGUUUAUUUAUUUCUAUUCAUUUCUUCUGAGCAAA